AUGAGAUACAACAUUCUUGAUACCAGGCCUCGGGGCUUGACCAUCAUCACUGAUCUUUCCGCUGCACUUUCGGACGGGGCGUUUUUGAGGUCCAGGUCCUGGGAAUCUCCUGUUGACGCCUCCGCUACUUUGCCUGCUGCACCUGCUCCCUCGCCCGUCUCUGAGAGCUCAUAUGGGAGUGCACCCAUGUCCAUUCCUUCAGAGAGCCCUUCUUCCAUCGCUUCUCCUGAUGGUCUUGCUCCCUUACCCAUUCCCUCCGAGAUCUUGUAUGGAAGUGGCCCCCGGUCCAUGUCCUCCGAGUCAUCUUAUGCUCCUGCCCCAGCUGUCUCACCUCGUGCUUCUGUUUCCACUCUGGUAACUUCUCACAUCUCUACCGUCAUCCUUCCAUUUGAAUCCUCUUAUUCUCUUUCGCGCUUUCUGGACUCUCCUCCUCGCACCUUUGCCCACACCGAAGCUGCUGGAUCUGAUAUUCAACCCCCAACUGUCCAGCCAUCUCAUAUUGUCACCCCCCUACCCUUUCAUCCGAACAACAUCAUGCCCGAAGUCUCUGAGGAUCUGGAGCGCCAACAACGCCCUCGCUGGCAGGAUUCUUCACUGAAUCCCGCGAUGUCAGCGAGUGAUCCAAUCCUGGACGCCUGGAAUGAAGCUCGCAUCCAAGCAUCCGAAGACGAGCUGCUCGCCAUGAUGGCCACCAGCCACAACAACCCGCCACACCAUUUCACCAACGAUGGUGAGAUGAGCGACUUGGGCCUCGAUGAUCUCGAUGGCCUUCUCCACGAGAUGGAGACCGGCAUGGAGGCAGCUACAAAGCAAAAGCCCGCCACCCCCGAGCGUCCCACCAAGCGCACCAAGGGCAAGAAGGCUCGCAAGAGCACCCCGGCCGUCGUCAACCCCGAGGUGACCCGUACGUUGCGCAGCAACACAACCCAGAAGACGGCCGAGUCUGCCGCCACUGCCAAAUGUACGUAUAAACCUCAGUUGUCAUUCAUUCUUUCACUCUUUGUUUGCUUGCUUGUCAGAUUGGGCUUACUUGUGCGUUACACUGAGAUCAUUGAGUUGAUUGCUAACGAUCUUGCUGAUUAG